AUGCCUUCCUGCAACCCAUUCAGUGGCCUCAAGGCCAAGUUUUCGAAGAAGAGAAGCCUGCGGGAUGCUCCGAAAGCAGAAACCGAGCCCAAGCCCGAAAAGCCGAACAACGCUUCUUCGGCCGCUCCCCCAUCGGGACAAUUGGCCAGCGCGGCUCCCCCCGCCACGGAAACAGUUAUCAGCCCAGAUAAAGAACCUGAGAAGGGAUCCGUCCCUCGGGAAGGUCCUCCAGUGAAGGACCGCUGGCGGGACGCUUUCAAUCAAAUGCCCCCGGCCAAGCAAGCUAUCCUGAAAGAAAUGGGAUUUGGCAAUCCCAAGUCCGGAUCUAUGGAGUCGAGCAUCAAGGAUCUUGUAGGAGAGGUGAACAGAAAACAGGAAGAGUGCGAGAAAAACUUCUGGCAUGUCAAUGUGGGUGAUAAAAAGAUUGUUCUUCGAGAAUAUACCACGCAGAUCGUUGGCUGGCUGGAGAAGGCCGGCAACAUUGCUGUGCAGUUUGCGCCACCCCAAGCGAGUCUACCAUGGGGUCUAAUCAAAUCGAUGAUGAAGAUUCCUGUGAACGAGAGCGAGCAGAUGGGUGCCUUGCUUGCCACCACAGAGAGAGUUGUCCGCAUUACAAGUCGCGGCCAGGUCUAUGAAAAUGUCUACCUGCCCCAGGACCCCAAUGCUGAGCUUUCGCCGGUACAAACAAAUCUCGAGGCGGCACUGGUAACAAUCUACAAAACUGCUCUGGAUCUAUUGGCCGAGUCAGGAACGCUCCUCUCCGGAAGCACUGCUAGACGCACGCUUGAAGCAAUUGUAAAUCCGGGCAAGGCAAAGGGCAAUCUUUCGAGCCUUGGUGAGCAAGAAGAUGAGCUUCUCCGAGACGUCCAAGCAUGCGAGAGCCAGCGAAGUUCGGACUCAGACAAACGCGCGAAUGCAAUGCUGGAUGCCUUGCAGGCCCCAAUGGCUCGGGUAGAUGAGGGCGUCCACCAUCUCCUGAAACAUGUGAGUGAAAGCGAGCGUAUCGAGCUCUUGGAGUGGAUUUCGCCCAUUCCGUAUGGGAAGCACCACGACAACGUGAAAGAGAAGCGAACCCCCGGCACGGGUGAGUGGCUGCUCCACCACACGGAUUUCCGUAGUUGGGAGUCGACAAAGUCGUCGGCUCUCUUCUGGCUACAAGGGAAUCCGGGUACCGGCAAGACAUAUCUCACAUCUGCCGUCGUCGACUGGGUCCGCGCCCAGACCAGCAAACCUCCAAAUGACGAGGGGUUUGCAUUUUUCUACUGUGGCCGGGACGAAUCGCGCUCGCAGCCGCUGUCCAUUCUCCAAAGCUUUGUACGUCAGCUUUCGACCACUGCAAGUAAUCCCGAGGUUAUGCAGGCAAAACUUCGAGAGUCUUGUAAAAAGGCUCGGGAGAAUGGUACAAACUUCCGCUUGGAACAGUGCAAGGAGCAAAUCCUCGCCUCUUUGAAUAUCUACCCGAGAACCACGCUAGUUAUUGAUGCCUUGGACGAGUGUGAUCCAGACUCGCGGUAUAAACUAAUACAAGCACUGCAAUCGUUCUUAUCAGAAUCCAACAAGGUUGUGAGGAUCUUUAUCGCAAGCCGACCUGACCCAAAAAUUGAAUAUCAGUUAGAAAGCAGGCCCAACGUUUGCAUUCAGGCAGAUGACAAUCUUAAUGACAUUGAGAAGUUCCUUCAGGAAGAACUCGACAGGCUCUCAAAGACUGCCCCGUUAUUAAAGACUAUGGAAUCCAAAAUUAUCGGAAAGUUGCUAGAGCGUUGCCAGGGCAUGUUCCAGUGGGCUGCUUUGCAGGUCCACCAGAUUGCGAAGUGUGAGUCCCGUGGAAGUGUCUGGGAGCGCCUUGAGAACCUCCCAGAGGGCCUUCAGAAGGCAUACGAUGAGGUCUGGCGACAGAUUGAAGACCAGGGAAAAUCUGACCGGACCAUCACAAAGCGCGCUAUUCGAUGGGUGAUGUCUGCAUCCAAACCAAUGACCACCGUCGAGAUUCUGGCUGCUAUUCGUUUGAGCCCGGACGGAGAUCUGCUGCCCUUGGAUGACACAGUGGACGAGCAAGGUCUGUUGUCUCUUUGUAACAAUUUCCUUACUCUGGAUUCUCAGCUCAAAGUUUGGCGUUUUCCCCAUCUCUCGGUCAGGGAAUACUUGGAAACCAAGGAAGACUGGUCCGUUCCCCAUGCCCAUUUCCACGCGGCCAGCGUUUGCCUGUCCUAUUUCGUCAAGAAGUAUGAACAUGAUGACUUGGAACUGGACGCCAAGCUGGAGGUCAAGUUCGAGCUCGAAUCAGAGAAGCCAGACGACACAGAGGGACCCGAAAAGCCAGUACAAUCGGAUGACGGCUUCCAUACUCUUCAUCCGUUUCAUAUAUACAUGCGGCACUCUUGGGCCCACCAUGUCAACGGGUCAAGGGACAUCGAGACAACCAAGCUGGCUUCUCUUUUGAAAACCUUCCUCGGGUCGCCAAAUAAGAGCAGUGUGCAAUACCAGAGAUGGCAUCAAAAAGUGGGCAAUGAUUUCGAGAGCUUUUUCAACACCCCCCAUCUGGGGCACUACAUGACGUAUGACGAACAAAUUAAUUUCCGUGAGCUCUGCCCCAGUGAUGCCGCUGUUUUCGCCAUGUGUUGUUUCUCGCUGGCUACCAUUGUAUGGGACUGGUGGGAACAGGCGGAGAUUGAUAUCUUCCGAGUGAACGACAGCGGUCAUAACCUGCUCGCAAUUGCUGCCCGGGCGGGCUGUCUGCCCAUAUGCGAGAAGCUGGUGGAGAAGCUGGUUAAUCAAGGGGUCGACGUCAGCGCCCAACGUGAAUUUUAUGGCAUUGCCCUCCAGGCCGCGUCAUAUAGAGGCCAUGAAAGAAUUGUGCAGAUGCUGCUAGAUCGAGGCGCCGAUGCCAACGCCCAUGGAGAAGAGUAUGGCAGUGCACUCCUGGUCGCAUCAUUACAAGGCCAUCAAAAGAUAGUCCAGAUGCUACUAGAUCGAGGUGCUGAUGCCAACGCUCAAGCAGGAGAAUCCGAAUACGGCGAAGACUAUGGCAAUGCACUUCAUGCCGCAUCGCAUGAAGGUUAUGAUAGUAUAGUGCAGAUGUUGCUGGAUCGAGGUGCUGAUGUCAAUAUCAAAGGAGGUCCUUGGGGCAAUGCACUUCAAGCUGCAUCGAUAGAAGGCCACGAAAGGAUUGUGCAGAUGUUGCUAGAUCGAGGUGCUGACAUCAAUGCUCGAGGACACUGUGGCAGUGCACUCUUGGCCGCGUCGUUCCAGGACAAUGAAAAGGUGGUACAGAUACUACUAGAACGAGGUGCCGAUGUGAACGCCCGGAAUGAAAAUUUUGGGAAUGCACUCCAUGUUGCAGUAGAGUACGACCGUCAAGAGAUGGUCCAGAUGCUGCUGGACCGAGGCUCCAACAUUAACGUUGGAGGAGCGUUUGGCAAUGUCCAGCAGGCCGCGUUAAUGAGAGGCAACAAAGAGGUGAUCCAGAUGCUGCGGGAUCGAGGUGCCGACAUCAUGAUUGAAGACGAAGACCUCAGCCCUCCUUAG